CCAACCCCGGAGAUGCUCUUGGAUAACACAUCUCACUGUCCGAGGGAUUGUGCCUGCAUGACUCAGCGUUCUGAAGCAGCCCACCUGUCACCAUUUCACUCAUUCUCAUCUUCACUGAAUCAGUAGUCAUCGACCACUCCAAAUUAUUAUCACUGCUCUUCAUUGUUUUCAAUGCACCGUAUCUCCCGCUCUUCAUCUCUCAUCCGACGGCUACCAUUCAUCUCCGCAGAAACAAUCCCUACUUGUUUCUCCCAAAAUCUAGAUUUUUCUAAACUCCCUCGAAUCAAACCAAUUUACCCGACCCGUUUCUUCUCUUCAUCCAGGUUAGGUAUAGCUGCUUUAGAAAUGGGUUCUGUGGAAAAUGAGAAGAAGAAGGAUCGUUUACCUUCAGAAGCAACAAAGAUUCUUCAAUCUUUGGCUUCUGGAUGGGAUGAUAUUAUUGAUCCAAAUGCGCUACAGGUAAUCCGGGUUAAAGGAGCUAUGACAAAUCAGGUUUUUCAAAUCAAGUGGCCUACAAGAACAGAGAGAUCAAGAAAAGUUUUGGUUAGGAUAUAUGGUGAAGGGGUAGAUAUUUUCUUUGACAGGGAAAAUGAGAUCAGGACAUUUGAAUUCAUGUCUAAAAUGGGCCGUGGACCUAGGUUAUUGGGCCGGUUCUCCAAUGGCAGAAUUGAGGAGUUCAUUCAUGCAAGGACGUUAUCGGCAGCUGAUUUACGUGAUCCAGAGACAUCUGCCCUUAUAGCAACUAAAAUGAAGGAAUUUCACAACCUUGAUAUGCCUGGUCCAAAGACCGUCUUACUUUGGGACCGACUGCGCAAUUACCUUAGUGUUGCCAAACGUAUGUCUUCAACUGAAGAAGCUAGGGACUUUGGCUUAAACUUAAUCGAGGAGGAAUUAUCUUUUCUGGAGAAUGCUCUCUCUUCGGAUCAUCUUACAGGAUUUUGCCAUAAUGACUUGCAAUAUGGUAACAUAAUGAUAGACGAGGAGACAAGCUAUAUAACCAUAAUUGACUACGAGUAUGCUUGUUACAACCCCAUUGCCUACGAUAUUGCAAACCACUUUUGUGAGAUGGCGGCUGACUAUCAUACAGAGACACCUCAUCUUAUGGACUACAGUAAAUACCCAGGUUAUGAUGAGCGUAAAAGAUUUCUGCGGGUAUAUCUCAGUUGUUCAGGUAAAGAACCCAGCGAUUCUGAACUGGAACACUUAAUACAAGAAGUCGAGAAGUAUACUCUUGCAAAUCAUCUGUUUUGGGGAUUAUGGGGAUUAAUAUCGGAACUCGUUAAUGAAAUUGACUUCAACUACAAGGAGUAUGCAAGACAACGAUUUCAACAGUACUGGUUAAGGAAGCCUGAACUCUUGGGAUUUUCUACCAGCAGUCCUAUACGUGCUAAUAGUACUACUAUGAAGGUAUAGGACCGAGCCAUCUUUUGUUAUGUUGACGGGGGAGAAGUUGCCAGACACUUGAAAGCAUGCCUUGAAGGACCAAAUAAAAUUAAAAAUAUUUUGUUUUCUUUAGGAACUGUACAGGCAGAUAUAGAUUGUUAAAGUAGAUUUAUAUGUUUGCUUAGUACGAGAUGAACGAAUGUGUUAAUCUUAGUGAUUUGCAUUAUAUAUCUGAAUUGGUUCGGUGAAAUUUAUGUAUGAAUUUUAUUUAUUUGUAACAUCUCUAUAUUCCUGA